UCAGAUGCAUGAUAUCCGUGGACGAGGAGUUUUAAAGUAUAACCCAUUAGCUUAGCAUAGUUGCCAAUGGUCAGAGUGCAGGCAUGGCCUGGCGCGCGCUCGUACGGCUAUUUUAGUUCAGCUGCCUGCCGCUCUCCUCGAACGGUAACGGAACCAUGGCGCUCGUGCAGGUGUCUUCCAACAAGUGCUUCGGCGGCUACCAGAAGGUGUACGAGCACGAAAGCUCAGAACUGAAGUGUAAGAUGAGGUUCGCCAUCUACCUGCCGCCCAAAGCUGAGAGCGCCAAAUGCCCCGUCCUCUACUGGCUCUCAGGGUUGACGUGUACGGAGCAGAACUUUAUCACCAAAGCUGGCAGUCAGCAGGCGGCCUCAGAACACGGCAUCAUCAUUGUUGCCCCGGAUACCAGUCCACGUGGCUGUAACAUUGAGGGUGAGGACGAGAGUUGGGAUUUUGGAACAGGAGCUGGUUUCUAUGUCAACGCCACCCAAGACCCCUGGAAGACCAACUACCGCAUGUACUCGUACAUUACUGAAGAGCUCCCGUGGCUGCUCAGCUCUAACUUCUCUGUGGACCCUGAGCGCAUGUCUCUGUCAGGACACUCUAUGGGGGGCCACGGGGCCCUCGUCUGCGCCUUCAAGAACCCCGGGAAAUACAAGUCAGUGUCAGCGUUCGCCCCCAUCUGUAACCCUAGUCAGUGUGCCUGGGGUCAGAAGGCUUUCACCGGCUACCUGGGCCCCGACAAAACCACCUGGGAGGCGUACGAUGCGACCCUAUUGGCUGCCUCCUACUCCGGCCCGGCUCUGGACAUCCUGAUCGAUCAGGGCCGUGAUGACCAGUUCCUGUCCGCCAGCCAGCUGCUGCCCGACAACCUCAUCGCCGCCUGCUCCACCAAGAACAUCCCCGUGGUCUUCAGACUGCAGCAGGGUUAUGACCACAGCUACUUCUUCGUCUUCUCCUUCAUCAGUGACCACAUCAAACACCACGCCAAGUACCUGAACGCUUAAACACACACACACACACACACACACACACGUGCAAGCACUCGUACACACACACACACACACACACACACACACACACACAAACACACACGUGCAAGCACUCGUACAUCUAGCAUGUCUCCCAGAUUGGCAGUUUCUUGUCCAAUCAUGUCUGCGCCCUUUAGGCUCAUUCCAGCCAAUAGUGUGGAGUUACGAUGAUGUCAUCUGGGUUUGGAGAACAUAUGUGAGCCAAUCAGCUACUUCCUUCUUGUUGACCAAUAAAGAUGAAGGGAACUUGA